AUGGCAGAAUUGACCCUUUCACCCGAAGCUGCCGAAAAGACGGGUUACAAUUGUGCCGCUUGUGAGCGACCGGAUCACGCAGAGAAGGAUAUGGUGUUUUGUGACCAAUGUCAAAACUGGUAUCAUUUUGGAUGUGCCGGUGUAACGAAUGCGGUAAAGGACGAUUCAUCGUGGAUAUGCGGCAAGUGCAUGAAAAAUGCCGCUGGUAGUUCCGUGACGUCAGAGUUGGAGCAAGAAUUGAAAAGGCUCGAGGAAGAAAAAAGAGUCCAACAGCUAGCUAUGGAGAAGGAAAGAGUCCUGCAUAAACGGCGCCUGGAGCUGCAGCAGGAAAUGUUUCUGAUGCGAAAAAAACUGGAACAGGAGAAACGCGAAAUGGAGUUAGCCUUCGAAAAAGAGCAGUUGGAGAAGGAAAUCGCUGAGGAAGAAUCGUUCCAGAAGAAAAGUGAGCAGAUGAGAAAGGAGAUGCACGGUAAAUUGAAUAAGCUUAGACAGCAACGGAGCAAGGAUUUCGAUAGUGGUGUGAAAGAAAAAACGGAAGAAGCUGAAGGUUGUGAAGAUGAUUGCUCGAGUGACAAAGAAAAGCCGAAGCAGUCGGGACUGGAGAAAACAAAGCCAGGAAAAGCAGAAACCGAAAAAAAAGUUCCGUUGGUCACAUCGCCAUCAUUGGAGGAAAUUCCGCCUGUCGACGCGGAAUCCGUAAAAGGUGAUACACAGGAAAAGAUCGAAAGUAAGAAGAACGACGCGGUUUCAAAUGACGUGCGAGAAGCAAAUGAGGACGAUAGUGAAUCCAGCGAAUCAAAUGAGGAUCACGAAUCGGUGACAGUACAAGCUGGUCAAAACAAGCAACAAAGAUGUCGUCGAGGACCUACCAAAGCUCAGCUGUCCGCCAGGCAGUUCCUGUCGAAGAAGUUGCCGGUAUUUUCCGGAAAGUUAGAGGACUGGCCGAUGUUCAUCUGCAGCUACGAAACAUCUAGCGAGGCUUGUGGGUUUUCGAAUGUCGAGAACCUGGCUCGACUACAAGAGUGCUUGAAGGGCCAAGCAUUGGAAGCAGUUCGUAGUAGGCUCCUACUUCCAGACGCAGUUCCACAGAUCAUUGAGACUCUCCGGAUGUUGUACGGUCGCCCGGAGCACCUUCUAAAUAUGCUAUUGGUGAAGGUGAGAAAGGCUCUCCCACCGAGAGCAGAUCGUUUGAUAACGUUCAUCAAUUUCGGGAUGAUUGUCCAGCAGCUUGCAGAUCACCUGGAAGCAACGAAGCUUACUUCUCAUCUUCUGAAUCCCAUGCUGAUUCAGGAGAUUACCGAAAAGUUGCCCGCAAGUACACAACUUGAGUGGGUGCGACGCGAGGUGACGUCAUACUGUGAAGCACCUGUAGUUGUAGACCACGCCAAUCGAAAGUCCAGAGGAAAGGAUAAAGAGCACGAAGGUUUCCUCCAUGCCCACUGUGGACAAGAAAACGCCAACAAAACUCAGGCGCCGAGGGUGAGAAAGCCAUGUAUGAUUUGCAACCGUACUGAUCACCGGGUAAGAAAUUGUGUAGCCUUCCGGAACCUCUCCGUACCACAUCGUUUGGAAGCGGUGCGUAAAUGGAAGUUGUGCUCGAUGUGUCUCAAUGAGCAUGGAAAUGCCCGCUGUAAGCUGAAUUUCCGCUGUAAUGUCGGGACCUGUAGAGAGCCUCACCAUCCUUUACUCCACGCGGCAGGCCCGGAAUCGGGAUCGAACUGCAACUUUCAUUCGUUUCAACGCAAGCAAUCGGUGAUUUUUCGAAUGAUUCCGGUCACAUUGCACUGGGGAAAUCAUACAGUGAACACAGUGGCUUUCCUGGACGAGGGGUCGUCCUACACAUUGGUGGAGAAGUCGGUGGCUAGCGCUCUUAGGACGAAUGGUGUAACGCAACCACUUCGUGUGACGUGGACGGCUGGAAUGUCCCGAUUGGAAAGGGACUCGCAGAAAGUAGAACUGUAUAUUUCGGCUCGAGGUUCAAGUCGCCGAUUCCACAUAAAAGCAGCUCAUACCGUGGAUAACUUGAGGCUUCCCCAGUCGACGCUAGCCCUGACGGAAGUAGUCAAGCAGUAUCCCCAUCUUCAAGAUCUAUCCGUGGUGGAUUUCCAACAUACUGUUCCGCAAAUUCUGAUCGGACUGAAAGACGUUCACUUGUGUGCACCGUUAGAAUCACGAAUCGGGAAAGCGGAAGAGCCAAUCGCUGUGCGGUCCAAGCUUGGUUGGACCAUAUUCGGACCUGCAAGCGGUGGUGUUGAGUCGAGCAUCGUUGGUCAUCAUGCGUGCAGCAGUGUUUCGAACGAGGACCUCCACGAUCUGUUGAAGAGCCACUACACGCUAGAAGAGUCUGGCAUUUCGGUUGCGCUGCUACCGGAAAGCGAAGAGGAUAGGAGAGCGAAAGAUAUCCUGACGCAAACGACGGUAAGAGUAGGUGAUCGUUUUGAGACGGGGUUAUUAUGGAGAUAUGAUAGUCCGUGCUUCCCCGACAGCUAUCCUAUGGCUGUGAAAAGGCUCAAGAGUUUAGAGAGACGUUUAUUGAAGGACAAUGAACUGUACGAUAAAGUACGGUGCAUGGUCUCGGAGUACCUAACCAAGGGCUAUGCGCACAAAGCUUCAGAGUUGGAGCUAGCAGACACCAACCAGAGUAAGGUGUGGUAUUUGCCAUUGAACGUGGUUAUUAAUCCGAAGAAACCGGGUAAAGUCCGCCUUGUUUGGGACGCAGCUGCGGCUGUAGCUGGGGUGUCCCUGAAUUCAAAACUCUUGAAGGGUCCCGAUAUGCUGACUGCUCUCCCAGCAGUUAUUUGCAAGUUUCGAGAAAAAAAAGUGGGUUUUGGUGCAGACAUCAAAGAGAUGUAUCAUCAGUUGAAAAUUCGAAAAGAAGAUAAGCAAGCGCAGAGGUUCCUGUUCCGAGAGAAUCCAGCCAGCGCUCCGGAGGUAUUUAUUAUGGACGUUGCUACCUUUGGGGCGACCAGUUCACCUUGCUCCGCCCAGUUUGUGAAGAACAUGAAUGCAAAGGAGUUCGCAGGGCGGUUUCCAGAGGCAGCGAGAGCGAUUCUAGAGAACCAUUACGUCGAUGAUUAUUUCGAUAGCACGGAGACAGUCGAGGAAGCAGUGAAGCUGGCGAAGGAGGUAACGUUUGUUCAUUCAAAGGGCGGCUUCGAGCUUCGAAAUUGGGUCUCUAGUUCAGAGGUGUUCCUGCGAGAAAUGGGGGAGACAAAAGAAAAUCAAUGUGUUCAUUUUAAUCAAGACAAGGAAACAGGGCAAGAAAGGGUCUUGGGAAUAGUGUGGAAUUCAGUAAGCGACGAGUUUACGUUCUCAGCAAGGUUACGUGAAGAUUUGCUGCCGUACCUGAUAGGAGAGAGGCGGCCCACGAAAAGGGGGGUCAUGAGCUGCAUCAUGAGCUUGUUCGAUCCCAUUGGGUUUUUGGCUUCCUUCACUAUUUAUGGAAAAAUGCUUAUUCAAGAUCUUUGGCGCAGUGGAUGUGCCUGGGACCAGCAGAUCAACGACGAGUGUAGCGAGAAAUGGAAUCGUUGGGUCGGUCGGCUUCCAGAAAUCGAAAGAGUGCGGAUCCCUCGUUAUCACUUCACGGGAGGAUUAUCUGUGGACUACAGUACGUUGCAACUACACGUUCUUGUCGAUGCUAGUGAGAAUGCAUAUGGUGCUGUUGCAUAUUUCCGUGUCAUGACUGCUUCUGGUCCUAUUUGUUCGCUUGUGAUGGCACGUUCCAAGGUUGCACCUUUGAAGCAGCUGUCAAUUCCGCGCCUGGAACUACAGGCCGCGGUACUAGGUUCUAGAUUGCUAAAUUCCAUCAUCGAUAACCAUUCCGUAGAGGUGAAACAGCGGUUUAUUUGGACAGAUUCGAGGACAGUACUUUCUUGGAUCCACUCGGAUCAGCGACGCUACAAGCAAUUCGUUGCUUUCCGAAUUGGUGAAAUCCUUAGUCUCACGAAGCUCGAUGAAUGGCGGUGGGUUUCCACUAGAAACAACAUCGCUGACGACCUAACCAAAUGGGAUCGAGGACACAAUCUAAAUUCGAACGGUCCUUGGUUUCGGGGUCCACAUUUCCUGUUCCAUCAGGAAGAUUCCUGGCCAGAACAGAAGCGCGUAACACCGAAUGUGCCUGAAGAGAUACGUGCCCACAUACUGUUCCACGACAUUUCACUGUCAGAACCUGUAAUCGAUCCGUUGCGUUUUUCAAGAUGGAAGGUCUUAGUUCGAACGAUAGCCUGCGUCUACCGGUUUGUUUCGAACUGCAAGCGAAAAAAGGAAGGAUUGGCCAUCGAAGGUGUACCAACGACCGAUGCUCUCAAGAGAAAAGUAAAGGCAAAAAUUGCAUCUACGGUAGUUCCAAAAAUCAGAAGCAUAUUUGUGGCGAUUCGCACAAGCGGAAGCAUACGGGGAUGA